AUGAUUUUGAUAUUUGUAAUCCGUGUGAAAUUGUUUGAACCAAUAGGAAACCACAAAAACAAAUACGCGGAUCCCUCUAAUCCAUUCGUGAAAUUGUAUGGACCUUUCUCAUUCCGCCGUUUCCAUAUCGUGAUAUCAAAAGAUAUUCCUCCUCCUCUCUUAAUCCAUUCGUCGUCUACAUCUAUCUUGAUCCAGUCGCCAUUACGCGGAUCCUUGGGUUUAUACAAUCUCGAAGUUUUUGAAGAUCGUGUGGAACAAAAGAUUGAAAGGGUUAAUACAAUCCCAAGGUUUUCGAAGACUUCGCUGAACAAACGAUUGAAAGGGUUAAUACAAUCCCAAGGGCUCAUAAUUUUGAGGUUUUUCGAUCAUGCAGUACAUACUAGAGAAAGGGCUCACAAUCUUGAGGUUUUCGAUCGUGCAGUACAAACAGGAGAAAGGUCAAAAAAACUGGAACGAAUAUUACCAGAUCAAGAAGGAAUGCUAUCAGAUUUGCACCAACUAACUUUUAUGUUAUUUAGAUCCGAUGAAAGGGUGUGA